AUGGGAGGAUGCAUUCAGAUAGGAUUGAUCUGUAAGGACUGUAAGAUAGGAAUGUCAAACCUACACUUAACGUGCGACCUUCGUGUCAUGGAAAUGUCAGACUUCGAUAUUAUUUUGGGCAUGGACUGGUUGUCUGCCCACCGAGCAGUGAUCAACUGUCAUCAGAGGAAAGUGGUAGCUCACACACUAGAUGGAACUCAUUUCCAGUUUAAGGGGGAUAGACAAGACCCGAUGGCUUCAACAAAACAUAGGACGCAGUGGUGCGAUCAAAUUGCAAGUAGGAUAGCAAGUCUGAUUUUGAAUGAGCAAGGCCAAGGAGAAUUAGAACUUCCACGCAUAGUAUGUGAAUAUGCAGAUGUAUUUCCUACGGAGUUAACGGGAUUGCCACCAACCCGGGAAGUAGAUUUGAGCAUCGAGCUACAACCUGGAACCACCCCAAUAUCCAUGGCCCCGUAUCGUAUGGACAAGCAGAAUUACGAGAAUUGA